UUCGUCGUCUGCUAUGUAGGCCUAACAAAGGCGACGGCCGAUCGCCUCGCAUCAGUUCGCCCUCUGCUCCGACGCUUGCUGCUUCACGCCAUGGCACGUCUCGCGUCGACGGCGGCUCCGCUGGAGACGUGACUCCCAGUGCUCGUCUGGAAGGAGUGUUCCCUGUGAUUUCUGCAUAUUCGCGUGUGCAUUUCGCCGUCAUGCAUCCACCUUUAUCCUCUUUUCGCUCGUAGUACCGCAUGAAUGGUGCAGUGCCCUUCUCUCAGCUGAGCGCGGUGGUGGGCACAGCGUCGUCAUGAUGUGCGCGAGCCGCAAAGCUAAGGUGCGCGCCCUAGUCGCCGCCUGCCUGCUCGUGUGUGCCGCACUCGUGUUCUUCUACCACUAUUCAAACGACGCCGGAGAGUUGUCCGAACUGCAUCGCAAGCGCUUGUACGGCGGCGAUCAGCGGCGGCGGGACGACGACUCAUCGCUCAACCUCGUGCACGACAAGGCGUCAUCGAAGUCUUCCUUCACGUGGCCCUGGGCCAAGCGGGAUACGGUGACCGCUGCCGGCGACUGCCGUGCGCUGAAAGUGCGGCGAGAUGUGGAUAUCCACACCGCCGACGUCUACCCGACGCUUAACUUCAAGCCUCAGUCGAGGAGCUAUUGGAAUCAGACGUUCGAGAACCGCUAUUACGAAACGCGAAAGCAGUGGGCCAAGCUACCGCUGGAGGUGAUCGUGAUUCCUCACUCGCACAAUGACCCCGGCUGGCUGAAGACGUUCGAGGGCUACUUCCUGAGCAACACGGCGCACAUCCUCAACAACAUGGUGGAGUUCCUGCAGAAACACAAGGACUUCUCUUUCCUCUGGGCCGAGAUGUGCUUCUUCUCACGCUGGUGGCGCAGCCUGGAGAACAGGCCGCACCUUCGCGAAGCUGUGCGGCACCUGGUGCACCGUGGCCAACUGGAGAUGGUCACGGGCGGCUGGGUGAUGACGGACGAGGCGGCCGCCCACUACUACGCCAUGGUUGACCAGCUCGUCGAAGGACACCAGUGGCUACGCUCCACGCUGGGUGUGGUACCGCGCGCUGGCUGGUCCAUCGACCCGUUCGGGCACGGCGCGACCGUACCGUACCUAUUACAGGCCGCCGGCAUCCGCAGUACCUUCAUCCAGCGCACUCACUUCGCUUGGAAAGAAUUCCUCGCCGCGAGGAGGGACUUGGAGUUCCUUUGGAAGACUCCGUUCCCGACAACUUACUUCAACGACUCCGGCGUGGUGACUCACAUGGCGCCCUUCGAGUUGUACAGCAUCAAGCAUACCUGCGGGCCCAACACGGACGUGUGCCUCAAGUUCGACUUCCGCCGGCUCGCCGGAGAGUACACGGAGAGUCGCGCUUCGCAGGUUGCUGAUCACAACGUAGCCACCCUGGCCGAGCUUCUCUUGGGCCAGUACGGCCGGAUCGGCUCGCUCUUUCCGCACAAUGUCGCCCUGGUGCCGCUGGGGGACGACUUCCGGUUCGACCACGACAUCGAGUGGGAGCAGCAGUAUGCAAACUACCGCAAGCUGUUCGACUACAUCAACAAGAGCAAGCGGCUACACGCGCACGUGCGCUUCGGCACGCUGAGCGACUACUUCGAAGAAGUCUACACCCGCAUGGAGAAGGGCGUCUCGCGCGAGCACCCGUUCGCCAAGCUCACGGGAGACUUCCACUCGUACGGCGACAUGUACGCCGAGGGCAAGCCUUCCUACUGGACGGGCUACUUCACCACGCGACCCUACCUGAAACACUUUUCCCGCGAGCUGGAGCACUGGCUACGCGCCGCCGAGAUCCUCUACAGCCUCGCCCGCGUCUACCUGAACGAGAGCGGCCAGACGGACCUGGGUCGCCGGCUCGAUGCCGACUACGUGUUCCUCGUGCAGACCAGGGACGCCCUGGGUCUCUUCCAGCACCACGACGCGAUCACGGGAACGUCAAAGGAAGGCGUCAUGGCCGACUACGGGUCGCGCAUGUACAACGGCAUGAAGGAGGCCAUGGGCGUCAUCGCACACGCCGCCCAGUAUCUGAUGCUCGUCGAGCAGCCCAUGGUCAGCGCCGCGAUCCAGUCGCAGAGACCCGUGACGUCGUACCUAUAUCCGGACGUGCAGAGACCCACUUACGACGUGCUGCCCAUCAAGCUGCCGCUUACCGUGCCAGAGAUUCACGGCCGCAAGAUCGUCCUCUACAACUCGCACGCGCAAGCGUUGCAGGAGGUGGUACGCGUGCACGUGUACGACCCCGUUGCCAGGGUGCUCGACGCGACGGGCGAAGACGUUCUGUUUCAGCUCAACCCCGUGUGGACCGACGCUGCCGCCGUGUCCAGCGUCGUGUUCGAGCUGGUGUUCGUCGCUAAGCUGGCGCCACUCUCGUUGAGCACCUACACCCUGCUCGUAGAGCCCGGCAGGCUAACGACGCCAAAGACGAGGGUCUCUAUGUUCGUCGGCGACGCGUGGUCCGGUGCUGGCGCUCAGGCCGUCUUCAACUUCGAGAGCCCGCACACGAAGCCCGUUGUCCUGUCCACGCCGUACAUAGAGGCGACGUUCUCCCACGAAACGGGCCUCCUGCGUUCAAUCAGGUUGCGCAAGAGCGGCCUCGAGAGGCGGGUGAACGUCUCCUUUAACGCGUACCGCUCACUCGAGUUCCACAGCGGCGCUUAUCUGUUCGAACCGGACGCCAGCGACCCGUUCGUGAACGUCACUGGACGCUUUCCGCUUGUGCGCGUGGUCCAAGGUCCAAUCACCUCCGAGCUGGUGUCCGCCUACGCGGACGGGCUGACGCACACCUUCCGAGUGUACCACGUCGACGGCUUCCUCGGAGGCGGCCUCGAGAUGAGCGUCGUUUUCGACCUGUCCAAGCGCUCCGACUACAACGUCGAGAUGUUUAUGAAGAUAGACACGGACGUAGACAGCGGCGACCGCACCUUCUACACGGACUCGUCGGGCUUCCAGAUGAUGAAGCGCGUCACCGACGUGCGGUUGCCCGUGGAGGCCAACUACUACCCCGUCACUGCCGCCGCUUACUUGGAGGACGAGCUGUCGCGCGUCACUCUUCUCGUGUCGCACGCCCACGGCGCCGCGAGCGUCCAGCCGGGAUCUCUGGAGGUGAUGCUGGACCGCAAGCUUCGCUACGACGACAGCCGCGGUCUCGGCGAAGGGGUGCUGGACGUUCGCGAAACGCGAGCCGACUUCUGGCUGCUCCUGGAACCGAGGGUUCCCGAGGACUCCGGCAAGGACAACGAGGGGAACAAGGUCGAGGGCAACGACGAUGGCGGGAGGAUGUCGCCGGACCUACCGAACCUGUCUUCGCUGGCGCACUCGCUAUCGCAGCGCCUCCUCUACCCGGUCGUCGUGUUGGCCACUGAGGGACAGCAGAACCGGGCUCUUCAUCCGGGCUUCAGUUUCCUGCACGCGGGCUACCCGUGCUCGACGUGGAUGAUGAACCUUCGUACGGUGCCUCUGGAGCAAGACUUCGACCGGCCUUCGAAGAGCAGCCUGUUGAUUCUGCACCGCAAGGCCGGCUCGUGCCGCGUGGCCAGCGUAGGUCCGCCGUCGUGCGAGAUGGAGAAGACCUACGCCUCGUCGGGCACCGGGUCUCAAGGCCACGUGUCUUCUUCGAGGCAAGCGUCAUCGCGACCUGAGAAGUUCCGGCUCGUCAAGGUGCAGUCGGUUCACAGGACUACGCUGACGGGCGUUCGAAACGGGGCGAGGCUCCCCGACGUCAAUGCGGUCGAGGUGCCGCCUAUGGAGAUUGUGACGCUCAAUGUGACUUUUGGUCCUUAAGCGCACCAAAAGCCAUAAAAGUGUGUGGUAAGAGUUAGAUUCACCGCGGAGACGUUUGUAGGCUUUCUUAGUAUAGUACUAAACGUGCCAGGAACGGAGAUCAGCGCACCGACUUUUGUGUCGAAGUCGGCUCGCAGCGACCUGCCAUCUUAAAAGACCUACACGGUUAGUUUUUCUGAUCCGCGCUCGAGUUUCGUGAUCUGAGGGCGCCGACACGCGUUGAGUCGCGCGCGUAAACGGUUGCCGGCUUCCCUCCGGAUGGCCUUGUUGGUUGGUUGUGUGAUUCCUCUGCCUUGUGCCCGUUAAUGGACGUGUCACGUGUGCACGUUGUUCGAGUCAAAUGUGUGCGCGUGCGAUUCUUCGUGUCGGUAGCGGCAUAUGCCGGAAAGUCGUAGUUUUGAAACUCCUGUUGCAGAAACUUUUCCUAGGGGUGCCUCGACACUGAUUGCCGAUUGUCACCCCGAGCGCCCACUGAGGUAAAUUUUUGAGCUUGUGCGCUUACUCGGCGCUCUGUCGAUAAUGUACAAUACCUAUACUGACACUAAGCUCUUGUGGAUGCCAGCUCGGGACGUAGAGACGACACCACUGCUCUUUAUAAGAGGCUGUGAAGAUGUGAAUUUGUCUAUUUUAAAGAAAGAAAGCGAUUCGCUGACCAACGCGAGGAUUUCUUCUGGUGGGUGUUAACAUAUCGGCCUGAAAUGUAUCGCGAGAGAAGCACGAUUUUUUAAUAUAUUGUACGUGUUGUCCUGUACAUGUGUAACCUGUAAAAUAAUAAGAGCGGGAAAGAUGGGGUGUAUACAUUACUACUCUUGGGAAUAGAGGUGUGUAAAAGUACUCCUUUAUUGUUCGUAACAAAAGGAGCUUAUGCGGGAGUUGGGGUGGUUAUCAAAGAAUGAUGAAGAUUAUCGCCCUGCACAUGUUAUCGUGAACCCCAUACCCCGCAAAUCUUACCAACUCUAUGUUCCUCUCUUAGAAACGUUUGUACCUGCCCUCCCGAUACUGUAUUCAUAGGCUCCGGUUUUAAAGCAGGGCACACUAUUAGCGCAGCCUUUUUAUGAGUAUUAACAAGGUUAACGGUAGAAGGCAACUCAGGGUAUGUACACGAGAAAGCUUUUACGCGGCUUUCGGACCGCCUUCUAACUGUGGCGUCGCCGCAGUAAUUUAUUUAGGUUAUUCUUGUCACUUUUUUAAGUGUCAUAAGAACCCUUACCGAAAAGCGAGGGGCGUUUUUUUUUGUAGACUUAGUAUUUCGAGGGAGACAAGCUAACUCCUUAACUUGCGGCACACCGUCUCGGAUAAUGACAACGUUUAAGCGGAUUCUGAUCCCGGAUACCAAGCCCGUAACGUAAAAAAAAGAAAAAAAGAAAAAAGACGAAUCGUUGUCGUAUUCAAGCGUUGAGAUGUGUGCUCCGUGUUUUUUUUGUUUUUUUUUUUCUCCUGUACCUGGCUUGGUCUUUUUUAUUAUAUUUUGGUUCACUGUACGUAUAUCUUUAUUGACAAAGAAGUGGCCUUGCAUUGCUAGACCCUUCAAGCCAGCGCCCAACUGACAUGAGCGAUCUCGAUUGUUGAGGGCUAUGGAUCUUAUUGAUGUUUGGUUGUACGUUGCACCCUAGAUUCUAGCCUUCGUUCUCGGUGUACAUAUAUCGAUAGCUCGCUAACCAGCAACUUACGUCUACGACUCAACUGGAGUGAAUCUUAGUCGCCCUUGUCACGAGCACUAACCACUAUUGGACGCGGAGAUUCUUGCGCAGCUACGAGCACUAGUGAUUACCUUCGGGCACGAUGUCCGUACGGGAGGACAUCAUACGCUUUGACAACCAGAAAACGAUGCCAUGUAUCUACCCCGUCUUCCAUGGAUGACGACAUUCACUGUGGAUCGCUAGAAGCUCUGCAUCAGAGCGUGUAAAUACGUGUACAUAGGAAAAAAAUAAGUUGGUUCGUUAGUGCGCGAAGGUUCGUCACUUUCGUAAGCUUAUAUAACAAAGCGAAGUAUGGCUUGGCGUCAAGCUUUCUUUUUUUUUUUAAUUUUAUUUAAGAGUAUUUCGCUCGGGCACAGAGGUGGGGUUAGCUGAAACUGCAGGCGCAGAAUUUUUUUUAAGGCCUUCGCGAGUGAGCGUUUGUUUAUUGCAGAGAAAUGGCAGAUCGCGUAGAUAGGGCAACAUAAGGAAGCACGGAUCUGUGAUCUAGCCUUGCGCGGCUGGGUCGUGUCUGAUGAGGGAUCGUUUGCUCGUUUUGCUUUUACUUGAGAAAGUAAGCAUCUUGCGGCUUCAUCAUAGCUGCUGAAUAUGUUUCGUGAAGUGAGAAGUGUUUUUAUUUUUUUUUUCGCGAAUACUUAGUAUUACGAGCUGCCGUGCAGUCUUACUUCAUAGCUCCUCCGAGCAUUUUUCUCAGCGCUGCGUUUAUCUCGUGUCUCUGUUUAAGGCUGCAUUCAAGGUCCGGAGUCAUUUUCGCUUAGCCGAUUCUCCAGUCGACGACUGAAAUAAAAAAGAAAAGAGAAACCACUUCACUGGAGCAGCUGACGAAGCAGCUGCUCUGCCGACAGCUCGAGUAUGGACAGCUGGCAACAUUGGCGCUUGCUUUAAUGUAGUGCCGCCAAAGGUUUAAUAUAGAUAACAGCAGUUACGACUUUCACCGACCUUCACCUUCAUUGGACCUUCGUGUGCAGCUGCAGCGACUCCGAAGCGAUACAAUCAAAUGCGUACGCUGAGUAAAAGUGAGCUUUUCUAUUUUUCAUUCGAGGCAUUGUCGAUGUGCUGUUGUGUGUACCGAAGUGCGGCUGCGAGAAAUUUUUAACGCCGGAGUGCUUCGACUAUCGGGUGCUAUCAUCAUCCGCUGAAGUUUGGCUGUGGCCGUAAGCUAUGUGUCCAUCACUAAGGCACUCCGAAAUCUCGAAUAUGGCGUUUUUUUUUUUUUCUGCAACAUUAGCUCAUACAGGAACCGUCGGGUGGCAGACGGCUUCGUGCUCGAGUCUAAUUUUAUCUUAUAUAACCUAAUGGAAAAACCCACUCACUACUUGGCCAAUCCCCUGUGUUGGGUAUGCGCCAUCGACUAAGGAUAAGAAGAAGAAGGAGAGAGCUAAAUCUUGCAGCGGCAGAAAGUGCGUGUUUGUCGUUCGUGUCGAUAUUGUUUACAGCCGCGACCGUUGGUUAACACAACGCCUGUAGUGUCAUGAGUGAAAUUUUGAAGGGUGAAGAGCUGUCGAGUCGCUUGGUAAUCUCUGCUAUGCUGUUGUGUGUUUCGCUGUUGUGUUGUGCGUAUCAGUGACGUCGAAAUCAAAACCCUUGCAUUUUUUAACGUUGUUUGGUAGUUCUGCAGCACAUUUUGUAUACUGUGGAAUUGUUGCAACAGUGUUUUAGAACGUCCUUUUUUUUUUCAUAUUUCGUGCAUUGCUGUGACAUGUGCACAGCUUAUAGGUUCCUCUUGUAUCCCAAGUGAUGCCGAUGUGUGUUGCACUUUGCUGUUUGCGUGUCGUCGUGUCGCAGUUUGUGAAGCGCCAACAUAGAUCUUCGAUGUCCACAGUUCGAGUGCCAGACCCGGCCUCACUUGUACAAACAGCUUCCCGUGUAAAUCUGUCGAUGUAUAGGCGUGGCCCAGGAGUAAUAAUAAUAAUAAUAUAUUGAUCGUUUUUGAAGUAAUAUAUUUUGUUUUGCAUAUUGAAGAGAGUUUAUAACCGAGCGUAGGAGCGCGAGCCGUCGGGCAUACCGUGAUAACGUGGCGCAUUGGCGCUACCAAAGUGAGCAAUACCGAAAGCGCUUUCAGACCCUAUAACGCUGGUGUUGGUGUCUCGCUGUAUCGGACGUCCAUACAGUUGCCUGCGUGUUGAACGGAAGACAGCCACCCUUUUAUUUUGCUUUUUUUUUUGAAACCCAUGCCAAAUCAUUGAUGUGUCAAGUGUGUACCUGUGUCUCCAUUAUUUUAUUUUCUAAUAUAUUGUUUCCGUCAAAAAUAAAAAAAGCUCUCAGUCGUAGAGCGUUCCGUUAA